AUGAAAGAACAAAACUCAAAUAUAGGAAGUUGGUAUUCCAUAGACACACAAGGAGAUCAAGAGUCAAUUGAACAAAAAAUCUCUGACAUAGAGAGUUGCUAUUCGAUACAUACGCAAGAAGACCAAAAGCCAAUUAAAGAAAACAGGUCCAAGUCGUUCAAAAAACUUAAGUUGCUUGAAAAACUCAAGUCACAUAAAAAACUCAAGUUUUUUGAAAAGUUCAAGUCACUUAAAAAACCUAGGCCACAUGAAAAAACAAAGUCACCCAAAAAACAAAAAUUUGAUGAUGCUACUUUUCAAAAAACACUCGAUGAGUUUCUCUCACUUUGGGCAUCGUGCAUUACAACUGGAAGUUGUGAUAUGUCUUACUAUAGACAAAGAACAAGACAGUAUCUACCAGAAAGAUACUACUCUCUACAUAGAUAA